CUUAAUAGAAUAGCUGUUUAAUUAAGAAUAGCUGAUGACAACUGUUGUUCUUUAUUUCCUUGCUCUUUCGCCUUCUGAAACAAACAGACACAAACACGUACACAUUUUGCUUUGUACACAAACAUGUAUACAAACGCAAUUAAAGCCAAACAUGAAUGAUUCAUAUAAACAUAUAUGGCUGUUAAAACAUUAUAAUUUAAUUAAUCAAGUAAUAUGUACACUAAAUAUGCUCAGGUGAGUAGUCAUUGAGCUUUUGUUAAACCAGACAUAAUGUGUGUUAAUUGAGGCUGAAUUUCAUCUCAAGCAUUAGAAAUUGUACCUGCUUCUGGAAUCUUUGUUUUGAUAGUUAUAUCCUAAAAGCUUAAGUUGUGGAUCAAAAAACUUCAAAACUGUGAGUUUCCUCAAUUGUUUGGUGUGUUACUUUGAUAUACAUAACAUUAUAUGUUUUGGUGUAGAUUAGUGAAUGGUGUGUUUUUGUUUCGUAAGGCUGACUCGUUAGAUAAAUUUGAAAGAAAUUUAUCAAAAACUAUAAAACCAUAUUUAUGCUUAUAUGUAUAUUCAUGCUUACAAAAGGAUAUUCAUGCUUAUAUGUAUAUUCAUGCUUAACUGUACUUGUAGCAAAGAUUUGAUGUCGAGGACUAUGAGAACGACCUAGUCAUCCAAGAUUCCAUAAAGAAAAAGUGUCAGAGUAUAUAUAGAAAUUGGAAGCAUGAGUUGCACGCCUACUAUCUUGGUUUAAUAGAGAAGGGAGUACCUGAUCCCAAGAACCAUCCACCGAAGCGUGUGGAGCCCAAUGAUUGGGUAUCGAUGAUCGAUGUGUGGGAAACUGAAGAAUGGAAGACAAAAUCUUAUAAAGCGAAGGAGAGUCGAUCAAAGUUGCCCUACAAUCAUAUAUCUGGUUCCCGAUCAUUUGCAGCAGCGAUGUCACUAAUCAAAUCAAAAAAUGAUGGGCAAGCUCCAUCUUUUCCGGAAUUUUACAAGGAAACCCACUACCAAAAAAAAAAGAAAGUAUGGGUAAACGAGAAAGCACAAGAUACCUAUGAGCAAUUAGUCAACAAGACUACCGAACAAUCUCAGUCCGAAGUUACAUCCCCGAUGAAUGAGUUUGAGAUCUCCAUUGAGGUACUUGGAAGGAGACCAGGUUACCUGAAGGGGUAUGGGAUCCACCUUCGAGGGAGUUCAUCUACCAGGUCUCUUGCAAAGUCAGCUGAGCGAGAUGCUGAGGUCGUGGCUUUAAAGGAGACAGUAGCUGUGCAAGCCGAACAAAUUGCCUCACAAGCCGAGCAGAUUACCUCACAAGCCGAGCAGAUGAACGCACAAGCCGAGCAGAUGAACGCACAAGCCCAGAAGACUGCUAAACUUGAGGCUUUAGUGCAUCAGCUAUUUGCACGUAGCCAGCCUGCAGCGAGCAGUGGUAGUAGAGAUUUCUCAUCGAGAUGAGAAAACAAUGCUCUUAAUGCAGGUGUUGCUGUUCGUAUGCAGAAAACAAAGUCUCUUUAGGCACUUAAUGCAGAUACUCCUCCUGUAAUCAACUAUUUGUAAUUAAUGAUACAAAUUUGAGAUUGUCGUUUCUAGUUUUCUUGAUGUAAUCUGUUUUUGAGAGACUUUAUGUACUUGGGUAUGCAAAAGGAAGUUUGUAAAUUAACGCUUUUAGCGCUCAAGGGGAAAUGGAAAAAUAAACUUUUAUGUUGAUGUGAA